GUGGUCAUAAGUAAAAUAGUUCCAGAUUCUAUAGAAACCUUACAAAACCCGCUUAUACUAGCAUAGCUUUUAUUAAAGACAAAUGCUCACUGACUGUUAAACUCUCCGAUUUAAAUAGCAAGUAGCAAUACGCUAAAAUUAGCAAAAGGACUUCUGUGAACGCGACACAAUCUGUAUUGUCUUUGAAAUAUUAACAAAUGUGAUUGUGAAUGUGACUGUCAAAUUUGACAACGAACGAUUAACUUGGCGUUGUAGUUUGUUCGAUUCGAUGUAUUGUGAUAAAUAUUAUAUCACACGUUAAUGUUAAUAAACAAUCUUUAAUUUUAGAUGAGCACCUCGUACUCGUAGCCAUGGCUAAUCACUACGAAGUGCCCAAUUGGGCUGGAAAACCACCUACAGGGCUUCACUUGGACGUAUUAAAGGGCGACAAAUUGAUACAGAAACUAAUGAUUGACGAGAAGAAGUGUUAUUUGUUUGGCCGGAACCCGCAAAUGAAUGAUUUUUGUAUUGACCAUGCGAGUUGUUCGAGAGUGCACGCUGCAUUUGUUUAUCACAAACAUUUGAACAGGGCAUUCCUUGUCGACUUAGGCAGCACUCAUGGAACUUUUAUCGGACAAAUGCGCUUAGAGGCUCACAAGCCGACACAGCUGCCUAUCGAUUCUAAUUUCCACUUCGGGGCUUCUACGAGGAAUUAUAUUAUAAGAGAGCGUCCCACAGGCAAUUCCCGAGGUAUAAUGGAGGAUUUACCCAACACAGAACAAGAGGGUGCCUUACUAGGUCUGCCAGAAACACAAACUGAAUUAGAUAAUCUAACAGAAUUCAACACAGCACACAACAGAAGAAUUUCCAUGUUGGGUAUAUCUACUGAUGAUGGCAGUGAUGUUAUGAAGCCUCCAACCGGCACAAAGCGGACAGCAACAAUGCCUGGAGGCAUAGCCAAGAAACAGAAACGUAACGUAUCCUUCAAUGAAGAGGUGGAUAUCAUCAAUCCUGAAGAUAUAGAUCCUACUAUCGGCAGGUUUAGGAACCUGGUGAAGUCUACCAUUGUGCCGAACCCUAAUAGUGCUCCUAGGAAGUUGAAGUUACAGAGUGCUGAUGAGAAUCAACACCAUCAUUCGCUAAGACUGCAGGAGAUAUCGCGAGGCAGCAACUUAUACUCCGACCUGCCCGCGCCCAGCUCACAUCUAAGUCUUAUUGGAGCCAGACUGGGUCUAUCGCUACCGAAUCCUGCGCCUGACGUGGAACUGGAAGGUCCUGAACCGCAUCUCAAUAUUCACCCGCCUCUACCACAUACAGCACCAGAAGAGGCUGGCUCAUCGAACGAGCCUCGAAAGAAGAAAUACGCCAAAGAAGCGUGGCCGGGCCGAAAGCCCGGACUCAUACCGGGUGUAUGAGAUACGCACUGACAGUUCAAAUGUACUGGUGGCGACAAUAUUACAAAAUAGGAGUAUUUCCUGCAUUUUCCACCCACAUCCAGUGGGAAUUUCGUGGUUUGCUCGGAUAGAAAAAUGCCUAUAGCCUUUCUCAGUAAGUAGGCUAUCAAACACUGAAAUAUUUUGCUGUAAUUAGUUCUUGAAUUUAGCGCUUUCAGCAAGCAAACGUACAAACAAGCUCUUCAAUGUGACUAGAGUUAAAUUCACUGUUAAAGUUUUUAAACAUGUUUGUAAUUUAAUUUUGAAUUUCAGUAAUUUAAAAAAUGCCAGCAGCUUUUUUUAAGGAUAUAUUGUUAAGCUUGAUAACAUACAAAGCAGGUUUACAUUUUAUUUAAUCUUAUAAUUUCCUAUAAAUUAUCUUCUGUUUGUAAUAUGCUUGAAUUGUGAAAAUGGACUGUUUUGGAAUCGUGGAUAGUUAAAAUGUAAAAAAUAUAUCAAGAAAACGCCACCGGUAUAGUUAGACCUUUAGUCAUACAAAUACUGUUAAAUUCUUAUCUGAAUUUUAGUAAAGUAUAUAAACAUCCCAUACAUAGGUACAUCGCAAAAAAACACGCUGAAAUAUCCUAUUGAAAAAUAUGUAAUUUAAUUUUUAAAGGUUCCCGUUACUUCUCAUGUUAUUGGUCGUAAUGUGAGUUUACGAUUUAAAAAAAAGUACAGUCAGCAGCAUAUAAAUGUGGACACUAAGGGAAGGUUUAUAUCUGACGGAAAAUGCGCCGAUCGACGCUCUAACGCAUCACUAGUUAGGUGUGAAUGAUUAAAUUUUUGAUCGCAUAUUUGUCUGUUUUGGCGUUACGCGAUAAAACGUGAGGCAUGUUCCGUUAGAUACGAACCUUCCCUAAGUUAUAUAAGAAAGAAAUCCGUUAGUGACUUUUUGGCCAAAGUUAGGAAAUUGUAUCUAUCAGUUAGUAGCAAAAAGUCUUUUUUAUUUCAUCAGGUGUCAAUUAGAAUAAGAAAACAUUUGGGUGUAUAGAUCGCUAGUACAAAAUAUUUAGUGAUAAAAUUAUGAGAGAAAUACAAGCGUUCAUUUUUACUUAGAUAUUGCUCAAGUAAUAUAAAAAAGUAGUAUUUGUAAGGUUAGACAGUAACUGCUAUAACUUUUGGCUUUAAAAUUUUUAGAUUUCUGCUUAAACAGGCGAGUAUGUGCUUUGUAAUAAUGUCUACAUAUAAUAAUUAAAUAAUUAUUGUAGUUAAAUGCAAAGAAUCGAUACUAAACGCCCGUCCACAAAAAUCCAAAAUCGCUUUAAAAAUAGGUAUAGGACGGCCUACCCAAAGCCAAUAUUCAUAAGUCACUAGAAUAAAUAAAGCUUUAGAUAGAAAAAAAAGUCUUAAACAAUCCUGAUUCACUAGUAAUAAUCAGAGGAAGGAAAGAUAGCGGAUAUGCCAUAAGUAAGGUAGGUCAGGCGUCUUCUUGUGGGUCACGGUACGGUAGGCGUGAUUAAAACAAUCGAUUAUCAGAUUUUCAGAUUAUAUAUCGUUCGGGUUCCUAGUGAAAUCACGACGAAUCUGAUUGGGAUUGAUUUAUUGGUGAUUUUAUUUUUUAAAAAGAUCGCGGGCGGGUUAUAUAAUAGGCGUAAGAGAGGAAGCUAGUAACAUUCCUCGAACACCCACAUUUUGGCGCGAUACUUUCUUAGGAGAUAUUGCGUUAUGACAUCUCCGCUAGCCAUUUUGUUCUCCAUGGUAAUAAUAGUGUCAACAUAUUUAUGUCGCUGACUGUACUUUCAAAAAUUUUUGCAUCUUACGGAAAAAUUUUCACUCUUUAUAAAGUACAUUUUAUGUAAUGUAUUGACGUAGGAAUAAGUUAUUGUUAAGAAAAUUGUGAAUGAAUUAUAAGAGAAAGUAAUAUUA